AUGCUCAAACAUUUCGACCAAGAUCGCCCUCCCGUGAUCGUGGUCUACGCUAGCAAGUGGGAUGUUUCCGGGGGCCUGUUACAGGAGUACGAUGGCGUGUACCAUCCGGUGACGUUUACUAGCCGCACUUUAAAGACCAAUGAGCUUAACUACGGAACGGUGGAAAAGGAAGUGCUGGCGUUACUUCGUGUUUUGGAUGUAUGCUAUACUACGCUUGCCUCGCGGGAGAUCACUGUGCUGAACCGACAUUCUACGUUAGCGUGGUUGAUGCAAUCUCGAGGGCUCAACGGGAGAUUAGGACGGUGGGGUGCUUUGCUGUCGAACUGGACUAUGGAGGUGAAGAGAAGAGGUGGAAGAGAUGCUGAUUGCGAUUUCCCUCGAAAGGACUGCCGGCUCAAAAUAUCGACGCCUCCUCCAACGGUGGAAGCAGAUGAGGAGUUGCUGGUGGCCAGUUUUGAUGGAUCGGCGGGGGUAAAAAAGAAAGGAGGGUCGUACAGUGCUGUGAUAUGGAGGUUACCCGAGUGGACGAUCGUGGCGGCAAAAUCCAGAUACGCUCUCGACCUCACCGUGAAUGAAGCUGAGUAUCAUGGCUUGCUAUUAUGCUUCGAUUUACUGGCCGAUCUGGACAGGGGAAGAAUAAUCUUUUGUGGGGACUCUAAUUUGGUAAUCCGCCAGACGCGCGGUGAGAUCGACUGCAAAGCCCCGGGCCAGCGACUCUUGAAACAUAAAGCGUUAGAUAAUUCGCGAUCUUGGCCUAGUCACGAGUUUCUGCAUAUGAAGCGAGAGUGGAACCAGAUCGCAGAUCGACUAGCCAGCACAGCAUUGCAGAAUGAAAAGGGAAGAACCGUUGUAGCUGAAGAGGAUCGGCAGGAUCUGAUGAAUCUGAACCGUCUCGAUGAAUUGUUGAAGCCCAAGCAAGAUGGUCAGCUGGCUCGAAUAACUGCGAUCACGAGAUCAGCCGGGAGGAUACGUCAUGAACCUGAAGUGAUACAGGAGGAGAUAGUACAGAGGACUAGGAUUCAACGAAUUGUCCAAGCUCAAGAUGAAGAGCGUUGGAUUGUCAAUCUCAAGAAGUAUCUAAGUGGCGAUGUAUCAAACUUGGACGCGGAAGAAGUGAAUAUGUGCACAAAACUAGCGCCGGAAUACGAGAUCGAUGAGAACGGUCUGCUAUUUUUCUGCCCCAUGGCGAAAAGUGAGUCAGAAGAUCGCGAUGGUUUGAUGCGGUUGGUGAUUCCUGAGACGUUGCAGCAGGAUUUUUUGCAUCACUAUCAUACGAGUCUGGAAGGAGGCCAUCAAGGUAUCGGCAGAACCUAUCAGAGGAUCAGAUCGCGAUUCCAUUGGAGAGGACUGUAUCGGAGUGUGCAACGAUAUGUGGGCGAAUGUACCGACUGA